CAAGCAAUAAAGCAACAGGCAACAUGAUCUCAUUCAUUUGGGGACUGGCCUUUUUCAUUGGCAUCUUGAGCCCGGGAACUAUAGGAUUGAAGUUUGGGCCACAUCACCGGCAGACCCUCUUAGGCAAUCAUUCCCUCCCGAAGGUACCCCCAAGGUUCCAUGGCAGCUUUGAAGACCUCAGAUCUACUGAAAAAGCCUCUGUUGAAGAACUAAGCAGUGAAAGUUCUCAAGAAGUCCAGAGGACACACCGCAACAUUCUGAACUUGCCACAGCGGGAUGCACAGGCCGAUGCCAACAACUACUUGGGACAGGAACGACGGAACCUAAUCUCAGCAACUGGUGGCACUAAUUCCAGGUUUUAUCACUAUCGCCAUCAGCAGCCACUUUCACAGCUGCAGCACAAAGCAGUAAAGUAUGCUUCUCACCCGUAUGCUCGACAUCCUAAUUCUCCUGUAUCCAUCAGAAAAGCCACAGUCACAUCAUCAUCAAACUGCAGGAAUCGUCCAAUAGAUCUGGUGUUCAUCGUUGACAGCUCCCGCAGUGUGCGACCUGCUGAGUUUGAAAAAGCCAAGGACUUCCUGAUAGACAUGGUGGACACCCUGGAGAUCGGUUCAGAUGCCACCAGGGUGGGCCUUGUCAAUUAUGCCAGCACAGUGAAGAUUGAGUUUCUUUUGAAUACCUAUUUUGACAAGAAUUCCUUAAAACAAGCAUUGGCCCGUGUUGAGCCUCUCGCUUCUGGCACCAUGACGGGUGUAGCCAUUAAGGCCGCCAUGGACAAAGCUUUUAUUCCAGAGGCAGGGGCCCGACCCAGCUCCUUGAACAUUGCAAAAGUAGCUAUUAUAGUGACUGAUGGGAGACCCCAGGACCAAGUGGAAGAGGUAUCAGCAGCAGCUCGGGCAUCUGGAAUUGAAAUCUACGCAGUGGGAGUAGACAGGGCAGAUCUGAUGUCACUCCGCCUCAUGGCCAGCCAGCCUCUCGAAGACCAUGUCUUCUACGUGGAGACGUAUGGUGUCAUAGAGAAGCUCACUGGCAAAUUUAGGGAAACAUUAUGUGGUAAGGAUGAUCUGGAGAGUUUGGAAAUUCCAUUAGGUGGUUUCGGAAUAGCACAAAGUGGCACAAAGGGAAGUUUUGGGAUAAAAAAUGAAAAUGACGAUAAGAGAAAAGACGGAGUGGACGCUUGCUCUCGUGGGCAUAAUUGCCAGCAUAUUUGUGUCAGCGACGGUAACUCUUACAACUGUCAGUGUUGGGCUGGAUAUGUCUUGAACGCUGACAAGAGGACAUGCUCACGUCAAGACGCAUGUUCCCGUGGACAUGACUGCCAACAUAUUUGUGUCAACAGUGGUGACUCGUACGUCUGCAAAUGUGGGUUGGGGUACACCCUGAAUGCAGACAAAAAAACAUGCUCACGUUCUGAUCCAUGUGCUGCUGGACAUGACUGUGAGCACAUUUGUAUUGACAGUGGAGACUCUUACAUCUGCAAAUGCCAUACAGGAUAUGUAUUGAACGCAGACAGAAAAUCUUGUUCACGUUUAGAUGCAUGUGCCAGAGGGAAUGACUGCCAGCAUAUCUGUGUCAACAAUGGAAACUCCUACUAUUGCAGAUGUCAAGCAGGCUACGUACUGAAUAUGGAUCAGAAAACAUGCUCACGUCCUGAUGCUUGUGCUCUUGGACACAACUGCCAGCAUAUUUGUGUUAACAGCGGCGAUUCUUACAUUUGCAAGUGUCGUCCGGGAUACAUUUUAAAUGCAGACCAGAGAACGUGCUCACGUCCCGAUGCUUGUGCUCUUGGACACAACUGCCAGCAUACUUGUGUUAACAGCGGAGAUUCUUACAUUUGCAAGUGUCGACCAGGAUACAUUUUAAAUGCAGACCAGAGAACGUGCUCACGCCCAGAUGCUUGUGCUCUUGGACACAACUGCCAGCAUAUUUGCGUCAACAGCGGAGAUUCAUACAUUUGCAAGUGCCGUGCAGGGUAUAUUUUAAAUGCAGACCAGCGAACGUGCUCACGCCCGGAUGCUUGUGCUCUUGGACACAACUGCCAGCAUAUUUGUGUCAACAGUGGAGAUUCGUACAUUUGCAAAUGCCGUGCAGGAUAUAUUUUGAAUGCAGACCGGAGAACAUGCUCACGUCCGGAUGCUUGUUCACUUGGGCACAACUGUCAUCAUACUUGUGUCAACAGUGGAGAUUCGUAUAUUUGCAAGUGUCGCGCGGGAUAUAUUUUAAAUGCAGACCGGAGAACAUGCUCACAGGAAAUGAGAGGUGAAUUAACACAGGAUGCCUGCAAGUGUGAAGCUCAGAUUCUGUUUCAGAAAAAAGUCCAGACAACCAUGCAAGACUUGAGCAGAAGACUAGAUGACCUUUCAGACCGAUUGAACCAGAUUGAGGACCAACAGCAGUAUUAAGAGCGGUGAUAAUGCCACAAGACCGGUGCGGGAUUUGUAUAGUUUAUCAUUUUGUAACUUUGCAAUGGAAUUAUUGAAUUAAAAAAAAACAUGUAGGACACAAAUAGCACUUUUGGUUUUAUAUUAAAACCCAUAUACUGUAUUUCUAUUAAAACAAGUGUGUAUGUAUGUAGUCAUUCAUUCAUUGUAUUCAUUGUUCUUCAAGCAUGUAUUUUCUCAGUGGUACGCAUCAAUGAACAUAAAACUGUAAUAGUUUUAGCAACAAGAUGAUUGUUCUUACCCAUUGGAUUACAGCAGUACUAUGCAGAGAAAAGGUCAUAAUGAAGUUUGAUCCAGUUGGCCUUCCUGCAGCUCAGUGACAGAGUGCUGUUUGGUACACUUUAUGUAACAGUUCUCAACAUUAGAAUGAAUGUUCAGUACAGAGAUUGUUUUAUCAUGGCACUGUAAAGCACACUCCUCAGAGCCACAGUAUAAAACAAAUUUUUAAAAAAAGGCUCAACAUUUACUUUACAGCUGUCUUGUACUUGUAACCUAUAAGCUAAGAGUAUAAUUUUAGUACACGGUAACCCACAAACCUUGUGCUUUAAGUACUGUAUUUUCUGCUUUUGUUACAUAUGAGGGUUUAGUUACUAAGGUAAUAGGAUUUUCUACUGAUUCUGUAUAAGCAAUAUCUUAGUGACUGUGUAUUUUAUGAUGGACAUGUUUUUGGUGCUUGCUGAAUAAAAAUU